AUGGAUUUAGAUGUUAAUAACAUAGUUGGUCAGUGCUAUGAUGGUGCUAGUGUCAUGUGCGGUACUUAUAAAAGUGUUGCAGCACGUUUAGUUCAAAUUGUACCUACUGCUUUAUAUGUUCAUUGUAAUGGUCAUAUUUUAAAUUUAUGUUUAAUUGAUGUAGCACAAGCUGUAUCACUUUAUAAUCUGAUUGAAGCAUCAGCUAAACGUCAUAAAAUUUUUGAAGAGAUACAAAAGGACGCAGGUUUAGCAUCAUUGUCUUUAAAGCAAUUGUGCGACACACGCUGGACAUGUCGUCAUGAAUCUUUAAAAGUUAUUGUAUCACGUUAUACUGAAAUAAUACUUGCUUUGGAAGAAAUCGAAGUUGGCGAUGCAUUUAUAAUGCUACCAGUUAUACGAACAUUUGAUUUCAUUUUUCACAUUCAUUUAAUGAGUGAGAUGUUUCUUCUUACAAAUAUAUUAUCAAAAUAUUUACAAAAAUCAGAUGUGUCUUUGAUACAAGCUUUGGUUCAAGUCAAAGCUACCGUCGACUCACUCGAGUCACUGAGAAAUGAAAAUGAAUUUGAUAGAAUCUGGAAUACAACUGUGGAUCUUUGUGAUAUAAAUAAUAUUGAUGGACCUUGUGAACGUCGAAAAAGAAAAGUUUCUAUACGUUUAGGUGAUGGUGAUGUUGUGUCUACAGCAUUAGCUAUUAAAGAUUCAUACCGUAUCAAUUCUUUUUAUGCUGUAUUAGAUUUUUAUGGUAUGAAUUACGAACAAUUAAGAACUGAACAACGUAUGUAUAAAGUAACACUUGGUGAAAAAGUUCAGUUGACACUAACAUUACUUUCACUUCUUUGA